UAUCUUUGACUCGUGCACCAAGCGGGUCAGCACUUCUUUCGCUGUGUGGAGAGAGCGAAUUACUGCGCAGUGGCCUGUACGGAAGACCGUCGAGGCAUUCAAGAGAGCCAGGAAGUAUGUGACGGGGAAAUUCCCGGGGUGGAAGCUAGGGGUUGCAGCCGCAAUGUUGCUGGCGGGCCUCACUCUGUUGGGGAAUCUGAUAUUCCUAGUGGUCGCGGUGAGCAGAGACAAAUGGCGAGCGAACGGCUUGGGGGUCUUGGUGGAGGCCGAGUGUGGUAAGAUCGACAACUACAACAAAGCGGCGCAUAUCUUCAUCAACGUUGUCAGUACGUCAAAUUACUGCAUGCAAUUACUAGCAUCACCAACAAGACAUGAUGUUGACAAGGCGCAUAUGAAGAGGCAAUGGAAUUCUGUGGUGAUUUUCUCGCCAAGCGCAUACCGUUAUCACCAACUCACCGUCACGGAGGGGUUUGUCAAGGGUAAGCCUUUCGAUGAUUCUCAACUGGUCCUCAUGCGUGACUCGGAUGAGGGAGAGACGGCACAGUUCCCUGAUAAUCUCCACUUUGUACAGCAAGAGCUCCCGGGGUACGAACGACUCUCCAUCCAAGAAUGCAAAAGGAAGUAUGCACAGCUCUUCAUCCGGGAUCGGGGUGAUGUCGUCGUCGUAGUGUCGCUGAACGAUCAAGGAGCAAAUGAUUCCAUGGUUCUAGGUGCAUCUGCCGCUGGAUGGGGGUCUUGGCCAUAUAAAUGGCUGUGUCCUAAAGAGCUGAGUCAAAGCUUUGGGUGUUAUAGCGGGCUUUUCCGAUCUGACAGUGAGUGGCGUCUUGCACAAUACGACAGUCCCAAGGUUGAAUACUGUCUGAGUAAACGCAUGCCGCAAAGGUGCAAGCUGGAGUAUGGGUUCUGGAUAACCGUCCUCACUAUCGGGUCCAACGUUUGUAAGCUGCUGGGCUUCAUUGCGACCUGGGUCUUGUUGAAGAGACGCACCCGAAAUCCUGAUCAAGCAGAUGGCGAUAACCGGGCCAAGCACGAAUUGCUGGUCACAACGGGCGACGCCAUAGCAUCAUUCUUGGAGUCCCCUGAUCCAGAGAGUAUCGGUAUGAGCGUUGUCGAAAAGCGUGAUUUUGAACAUGGAAUUUGGGCUCUGCGCUGGGUGUCUAUUGAUCCCAUGAUGUGGCGUAAGCGGUACUCGUGCGCCUGGUUUCGAGCAAUAGGGUUAGGGUGGUGGUUGACAGAUACGACACUGUUGUCUGUCAUUCCCCUUGUGCCGGGCAUCUUCCUCCUGGCGAAGAUGACCUGGCUGAAAAACGAUCUGCAACUAAACGCCGCUGCGAUAAAGCUCCUUGGGCUUGGUAAUCCGAGCGGACUCUUCUUGUUCGGUGGUCUCGACCCCACUCUGAUCCAGGCGAACGAGUACUCGCCGACAGAGAAAGACAUUUUGCGAGACGUCGCCCUCGCAAACAGUCCACAGUUGAUGCUGACGAUUGCGUACUACAUCUGGAACAGCCAUCUGACUGUCAUGCUUGCUGCCCAAGAGUACGACCGAUAUGCUGCACCUUCGGAGUCCAAAGUCUCAGCUGGCAAGAAACGUGGACUGCGCGUGUCGGAUCCCAUCGAAGGGACAAAGCAGCGAGCAACACACUUCUUAACCAUUCCACUCAAGUACUGGGUCUGGAACACGGUCUUCCAGGCCACGCUGCAUUGGCUCGCCUCGCAGGCCAUCUUCUUUGCCCGUGUUGACGUACUGGAUCAUUGGCUCGAAGUGACAAAGUUUUCAAUCAGCCAGGUCGGAUAUUCUAUAUUAGGGCUGCUUUGCUUUUUUACUGUAUCGUUGGUGGGUUUUUUGGCCGCCCUGUGGACGAGUCUUCGCAGGCUGGAGAAUGACAUGCCAUUGGCAGCAACGUGCAGUGGCGCUUUGAGUGCAGCGUGCCAUCCAACUGACCCUUCCUUGCAGCAUCAUAAGCAGGAGGUGCACUGGGGGAUCGAACUAGCAGAAGACAUGGCUGAAGAAGCGAGGGAGGAUCAAAAAGAAGUCGGCCGCUGUACGUUCACAUGUCUUGCAGCAACUUACCCACGUGCAGGGCAGUUAUACGCUUGA